CGCUCUGCUGAAGCCUUGGUGUGGCUGUCUGCUCCAUGACUGCCGUACGAGGCUCCGGCCCGGUGUCCGACCAGACACAGCUGCUGAGAACCGUUUGAGAAAUGUGUCACCCGUGUGCGGAGGUGGCGAGAGACACCAGCUUUAAUAAAACAGACAAACCAUCAUGAUUCCCAUCACAGAGCUCCGGUACUUUGCUGACACCCAGCCAGCGUACCGUAUCCUGAAGCCAUGGUGGGACGUUUUCACGGACUACCUCUCAAUCGUCAUGCUGAUGAUUGCAGUGUUCGGUGGCACGCUGCAGGUCACGCAGGACAAGAUGAUCUGCUUGCCUUGCAAGUGGGUGGUCAACAAGACGUGCGAGACCAUGCCCAUCCCAAACGUGAGCACCGCCUAUGGACCGGAACCAAAAGGCAUUCAGUAUGACCUCGACCGUCAUCAGUAUAACUUUGUCGACGCUGUCUGCUAUGAGAACAAAUUACACUGGUUUGCCAAAUAUUUCCCCUAUCUGGUGCUCCUCCACACUCUCAUCUUCCUGGCUUGCAGUAACUUCUGGUUCAAGUUCCCACGCACAAGCUCUAAACUGGAGCACUUUGUCUCCAUCCUCCUCAAGUGCUUUGACUCCCCGUGGACAACAAGGGCUUUGUCUGAGACCGUGGUGGAGGAGAGCGACCCCAAGCCUCUGGGCAAAAUGAACGGCUCGAUGGACAAGAAGGCCUCAAGUGUGAGUGAGGAUGUCGAGGCUAGCGUUCCCAUGCUCCAACGAACCAAGUCGAGGAUUGAACAAGGAAUUGUAGAUCGCUCUGAAACUGGGGUUUUAGAUAAAAAGGAAGGGGAGCAGGCCAAGGCUCUUUUUGAGAAGGUGAAGAAGUUCAGGAUCCAUGUAGAGGAGGGCGAUAUAGUGUACCGACUUUACAUACGUCAGACCAUCAUCAAAGUAAUCAAGUUUAUACUGAUCAUUAGCUACACAGCCUAUUAUGUGGGCUACAUCAGAUUCAGUGUAGUGUGCUCGGUGAACAUUCAGAAGCUAACAGGGUACAGCACGUUCUACUGUGCUCACCCGCUAGCAACUCUUUUCAAGAUUUUGGCCUGCUUCUACAUCAGCCUGGUGGUGGUUUAUGGUCUUGUCUGCAUGUACACUCUUUUUUGGAUGCUCAGCCGCUCCCUCAAGCGAUACUCCUUUGAAUCGAUCCGCGAGGAAAGCAGCUACAGCGACAUCCCCGACUUGAAGAACGACUUUGCCUUCAUGCUACACAUGAUAGAUCAGUAUGACCCUCUCUACUCCAAGCGCUUUGCAGUCUUUCUCUCAGAGGUGAGCGAGAACAAGCUGAGGCAGCUGAACCUGAACAACGAGUGGACGCUGGAGAAGCUGAGGCAGCGCAUCACCAAGAACUCCCAGGAGAAGCUCGAGCUGCAUCUGUUCAUGCUCAGUGGGAUCCCAGACACAGUAUUUGAUCUGAUUGAGCUGGAGGUGCUCAAGCUGGAGCUUAUCCCCGAUGUAACUAUCCCACCAAUCAUCGCCCAGCUGUCCAACCUGAGGGAGAUGUGGCUCUAUCACACACCAGCUAAAAUUGAAGCUCCAGCUCUGGCUUUCUUGAGAGAGAACCUCAAGUCUCUUCACAUCAAGUUCACGGACAUCAAGGAGAUUCCACUGUGGAUCUACAGCCUCAAGAACCUCAGUGAGCUGCACUUAACUGGGAACCUGAGUGCUGAAAACAAUCGAUACAUCGUCAUCGAUGGGCUCCGGGAGCUCAAAAGCCUCAAAGUUCUACGUCUGAAAAGCAACCUGACCAAGCUGCCGCAGGUGGUGACGGAUGUGGGCGUGCACCUGCAGAAGCUCUCCAUCAAUAAUGAGGGAACCAAGCUGAUGGUGCUCAACAGCCUGAAGAAAAUGGUCAACCUGACAGAGCUCGAGCUCGUUCGCUGCGAUCUUGAACGCAUCCCACACUCCAUCUUUAGCUUGCACAACCUGCAGGAGAUCGACCUGAAGGACAACAACCUGAAGACGAUCGAGGAGAUCAUCAGCUUCCAGCACCUGCACCGGCUCGUGUGCCUCAAGCUGUGGUACAACCAGAUCGCCUACAUCCCCAUUCAGAUCGGAACACUGACCAACAUGGAGAGGCUGUAUCUGAACAGGAACAAGAUCGAGAAAAUCCCCAGCCAGCUGUUCUUCUGUCGCAAGCUGCGCUUCUUAGACCUGAGUCACAACAAUCUGACCAGCAUCCACGCUGACAUAGGCUUCCUCCAGAACCUGCAGUACUUCGCUGUGACAGCAAACAGGAUUGAGACCCUGCCCCCAGAGCUGUUCAAGUGCAAGAAGCUGCGUACUCUGAAUCUGGGAAACAACUGCCUGCAGACGCUGCCGUCGCGCUUCGGGGAGCUCACCGGGUUGACCCAACUGGAGCUGAGAGGGAACCGUCUCGAGUGUCUCCCGGUGGAGCUCGGCGAGUGUCGGCUGCUGAAGAGGAGCGGCCUGGUGGUGGAGGAGGACCUGUUCAACACUCUGCCAUCGGAAGUCAAAGAGCAGCUUUGGAGGGCUGAUAAGGAGCAAGCUUGAGCCAAACCUCAGUGGAGCUCUGCAGAGGAGAGUUUGAUCGGAGAGAUGAACGAGUCGUGAUUUUUGUUAAGCGAGCCAGGCGGACCUCGAGAAGUCUGCAGCAGUGUUGGUCUUGCGGGCUCAGGAAAGCGAUGUCAUGUUUGAUUGUAGCUUAGACCUGCAAAAGCACUGAUGUCCAUCCUCUCAAGGUUUUUUUUUUUUUUGGAAAUUUCACGGUCAAAAAAAUUACCGCUCAGCUUGGUGAGGAAAGAUGGUGCAGUAACGUGGCUUUUCUGUAAUAUCAUCCUGAAUAUAAACGCUGAAAGGAUGCAGGCAGGUGAUGUCUGAUAUGCAUGUCUCAAUAGGACCUUGCUGAAGCAAACCUGUUUAUUAGAGAGCCAAACAACAGGAAAACCUUUGCACGAUUCGGCCUUGCUAGUGAGCUCCAUGUGCUCACGGUCACUUCUUUGCUGAUCAUGUGAUACAUGCACAAAUUGAACACACUCAACACGGUGUUCGCCUGACCUCCUUCUGGCCUUGAGACUUUUGAAUUUUUUUACAGUUACGGUUGCAGUGUGUUGUGGCUCAGAAGGCUGGCAGAUGUUACUAAAUAAAUUAUGAUGCGAGUGACAGCCAAUUUGUUGUGGCAUGAAGGUUUUGGUCCUGUUUUCUCUGGGCUCUCUGUAUACCCAAAAUGCUCCGAGUCAUUUUUUUUUUAUGUGAACAAAAAGACGCUGUGAUGAGGAUCAACAGAUCGUCCCACAGCUGAUCUCACAGCCUUAACUCAGAGGACUGAGGAAACGACUUCAAAGAGAAGUCGUCAACCGUUCAGCAGAAACAAAUGGGAACAAACUCUACAGUACAAUGUCUAAAUGCCCUGCGGUUGAUCAUUUAUAACGUCAGCCUGUGCGGCAGGCGAUUUCACGGUGGGGAAACGCUCCGCCCCUCUUGGACUUUUCAUUUUGCUUCGCUAAACUUCACGUCUUAUUUCGGCAUGUGCAACGGGCUUCACUUUAUUUCGCAUGACUAAACAUCACACAUUAUCGAUGUGUGUCUUACAAAGUGUGUGAGACUGGUUGUGAUCGGCCCGUUGAAACGAGGUCAGUUUAUUUUGACUUCAGGAUACAGUUUGGUUUUUUUAAAUGCUACCACAUGCUGGUAUCAUGUUUGGGCCUGUGAAACAGGCUGCAUUGUGAUUGUUUCAACGUUUGUGUAAUAAUAGGUGAUCAGAAUCCAGUUAGCGACAAAACGGUUAAUUUGUUGUUUUGUUUAUUGAUUUAUUUCAAGCAUCUUACGGAACUUAUAACCGUGGUCAGAGAUCUUAAGGGAUCUUCUUUCAAUUUAAGGCUAAACUAUGUGGCUUCACUGACUAGACUGUCAUCACGCAAGGUGUCCCUUUGUGUUUUCUGUCCCUGUGUUGAAGGUACAGAGUCACAAGUAUUCAGAAAACACUGCGUCACAGUUUAUUUCUUCUUGUUUAUUAAAUUAAAACAUAUGCAAGCUUGCACAGUUCUAACCAUGCAACUAAUAGUUAUCAUGACCAAUAAAACAAGCAAGAGUCACGGUACGUUUUUAUGCUCAGUGUGAGUUUUUAAAUUAUGAGACUUUCGACGAUUAUUACCUCCGUGGCGUCUCCAAGUGGAUGAACUCCUGCAGAGACAGGAGAGUCUUCUCUAGCUGCCAGGUACUGCUAAGAUAAUAUGUUAGUGACUCAAGUGCCCAGCUGUUUGUACACUAGCCCUUCUAUUUAUAAUGCCCAGUUUACUCCAGGGCAAACUGGACAUUUGUCAGCGCUUUGUUUAUCCGAAAUGAGGACAAACAGGAAAUUACCAUCUGAACAAAACUGGUUUUGACUGACCCACACGAGGGGAAACAUUUACUCGCAGGGAGAAUAAGCAGAAUAUGUGAUUUCAACAUCCACGCUCUAAAUUAUUGCAACAUGCUUUGUCUGCUUGAAACACUUUUCUUGUUAAGACCUUGGAUUUAAUAGCUUCAUUUGGAGUAACCCUGCUAUGUUUACUCCAGCCAGGCAUCUUGGUUCUAAUACGACCUUAUCUUUUACAAGCUGUGUGCCCCGUUAAUGAUCACAAACAUCAUUUUCAGGACUUUCAUGUAUAGCUGAAAUGUUUUAACGUCUUUUGUUUCAUACAUAUUGGUCAUAUGGUAUUUGGUCUUAUUGUUACCAUCUGUUUUGUUUUGUUUUUUUUGUAAUAAUACAGUUGCACCUUUUGUUCACAGUGAACUGUGUUUCACUGAGGGCUUGGCUGAAGCCAAAUGCCCUUCCAGGGGUCGUUGAUGAGGUGCUCCCUACGCAGUUUUGUUCUGAAAGAAGAGCCUCAGUCUUGGAUGUGUUGACCAGCAGCCAGUUUUAAAGUUGGAGGUAAAAGCUGCAGAAAAACUGCACAGACUCCAUCAGAGAGAGACGUAGUUAUUCAAAAGAAGUGUCAGCUUUUCCAGCAUAUGUCACAUUUUCAAACAUUACGAUUGCUCUAGGUGGCAUGUUCACCUUCAUGCGUUUACUCUGCUUUUCUUUUCUUUUUCGUUUUUUUAUUUUUUUGUGGUGCCAAGUAAGAGCAAGAACAUUUUUUUCACUACAGUUUACAGACCUGGUGGAUGCCAGAUUAUGAAUGCAAGUAAAUUAAACACACUAAACUGCAAUAAUAUGUAUCUCACAGUGUGGUAGCUGGUUGUAGACGUAGGCACGAGUCGUAGGACAAACUAAAGUAAAUUAUCAAAGUACAUUUGCUAUAGUAACAGAGCUCAUCGUAGUGCUGCAGUGCAGUUGACUGUGAUGCUGACACUAAAAAAAAAAUCUCCCUCCUGCAGUGCACCACCGAGUGUCAGAUUAAGGCAGGUGUGUUUGCAGAGCGGAUCAGCGGUACUCAAACUUUAGCUGUCAUGCAUCCCUGCAGAGGCCAUACUUUUUUAUCAGCCUGCUAACACCAGUUGGGGAAGCAAUUAGUAAACCAAACAGCUGAAUUUUAGGGUAUUGAAGGUCAGCUUGUUUGUUUGUUGUCCCCACAUACAUCAUAUUCAUUCUGCUUGGUUUCACUCCAUGUUUUCCUCUGGUCAUCCACAUACCCACCCAGUUUGAGGACCGCUGGAUGAAUCACAGCUAAACUUUUUCAUCCAGAGUUCUGACCUCGAUCAAACGGUAAAUCCAAUGAAGAGUUAAAGAGUGCCAUAUUAAGUAUCUUUCUCAGGGCAUUCACACCUUGGAUUUGUUAGAAUUACCAUCUACAUACUGAUGUACUAUAUCUGGCCUUUCUCUGUUUGAGUUUUAUCCCACGGCUGUACUCAGCCAAAUGUUUCUGCGUCACUUUUUCCUGUUAAUGUUUGGCUUUAUAUCCACAAAUAUUUUGGACAGGUCCGACCUCCACAGCUGUGACUGUGGCCACGCUGUCCUCGACAGUCACUUCCCUUUGAGUCACAAGAUGAGCACAUUUAACCUGCUGCCCCACUCCCUUUCCGGCAUGUCAGCGUCAGUGAAGGUCUGGCAUGAGGUCAGUCAGACGUUUUGCGGAGCACCAAAAUGGGGAAGUGUCGUGACUAAUAAAAUUCCCUUUGGUGAUGUUAAAACUCAUAUGCUAGCACUUUAAUUAGUGUCUUGUCAGAGGCAAGCGAUUCUCAUCUGUCAGCACAUUUAAAAGCUUUUUCGUUCUGUUCAAAUAAUCUCGCUUUGCACUGUCUCCUGAAUGUUUUUCAAGUACAAAAUGUCUGCGUCAUGUAUGCCUUAAGUCGUGUAGUUUGUGUGAGACAGCAUGAUUGGUUUGGAUGCAAACAGGGUUUUCCGGCCCACAUUUCAUUCCUGUGUGUAUCAGUACACAUCAUUGUACUGCUAGCACUUGUAUUAUUGCUGAGGUGUGUACAUUUUUGGACUGACUCAACUCACAUUAUUUAAGAAAAAACACCAACAACAACAAAAGAAAACAAAACCUGCCAUGAUUGCAUCGAAAUCUAAUCUUUACCUGUGUAUAAUUCUUUUUUUUUUUUUUUUAAAUACGUGCUUGUAUUUACUAUGUGAGGUUAUUUCAUCUCUGUAUUCUGAUGCCUGUAGAUCAGGGAUGUAUGAAAAGAGUUUGUUGGUUUCAUUUUUGCGGGGGGUUCACACUGAUCACAUCUUGCACAGCAUGAGUUUGUUGAUGCUGAACUUGUGUGCAUUAUAGCCAUAACCCCCUCCCCCCAGCAGCAAACACUGUAAGCUGGAUGGACAGACUUGUUUUAAUCAGCACUGUCUGUAUCACAUGUGACAAGGCCUUUACCAAUGAAUUGUUGCCAAGUGGACUGAACACUGGCUUUUUAAGCUGGAAGUCUGUAACAAUGGACAACUGAACUUUGAUUUCCUGAUGUUCAGAGCCUACUUUUGUACCAUUCUGACACAUGAUAAUAAAGUAAACACUUAGCACUAAA